AGUAUGAAAAACAUAUAACCAUGUAAACCUGCUCUGGUACAACCUCUAAAUAAGAUGAGGAACCUGAAAAUGAGCAGAAUACCACCUCUUUAAUACUUUGCCACAGUUUACAGGUAAGUGUAUCCUGUUAGUUCUCAAAUGAGGAUGUGGACGACCUGGAGUUUAAGGUAGCAGCAGUAGUUUUUUAGGGAGAGUGUGUAACAGUUAGAUCAAUGAGGCUCCUCAGUAAAUGAACGUUUGUUGCUUACAGCUGGAGGAUUGUUUUUUCUGACUUCAUGAAAUACCUGUAGCAUUACACAGUGAUGUGUGUUCUGUACUGUGAGUCAAAGUAAAAUCCAAUAUUAUGAUAUUGAUAUACUGUAUGUGUAGUACUUUUCCUGGAAGUUAGUGUGACUGAGUGUUUAUGAAUUAAAUAGCCGGAAUGACUGUUGUGGAAAGUAGAACUAACAAUGUACAUUUACUCAAGUACAAUACAUUUUGAGGUACUUGUGAGCCGACUUAAGUGUUUCAAUUUAUGCAACUUUAUAAUCUUACUCCACUACAUAUCAGAGAGAAAUAUAAAAUGAUAAACUUGAUAGCAUCAUGUGUACUUUAACUUUGAUGUUUCAGGUACAUUUUGUUGAUGGUACUUUUACUUUUAAGAAUCUGAGUACUAGUUCCACCACAGCAAAUCAAAGUACUUGAUCACAUUGAUAAAUAAUAUUAAAUCCAAUAUUGCUAUUUAUCAGAAACGCCCAUUGAUUUGCAGCUUUGGCAACAAGGUCCAGAACAAGCAAAUAUAUUAAAAGUACAAAAUAGCUUUGUAUAAAUCUCUGGCAGUCAACACAUUUACGUUGACUCAGGAUAUAUGAUCUCAUAUUGCUCAUUAAGAGCCAUAGUUUAUGUUUUCUUAUUUGUUUGCAUUUGCCUUUAUUGAUUAUAUUUGAUCUUUAAAGUCAUGCUAACUUCAGUGCAGUUUACUGAUGUGUGCGUGUUGCUUUGCAGGUCACUGGUGGUGCUGAACGUGAGAGAUGGAGCUGAAGGUGUGGGUGGAUGGUGUGGUCAGAGUGGUGUGUGGCCUGACGCUGGACACUUCCUGCCAGGAUGUUGUCAUAGCUCUUGCACAAGCAAUAGGGCAGACUGGUCGGUACAUUCUUAUCUUGAAGUUACGAGGGGGUGAGAGACAGCUAGUUGCUGAUGACUGUCCUCUUCAGCGUCUGGCUCAGCUGGGACAGCUGGCUACAGAGGUCCAGUUCAUUCUGCGGCGAACCGGUCCCAGCCUCAGUGAUGCUUCAGACACACCCACCACAGAGAGACCAGAAGCAGAGCCUCUCAAACGCAAAGAGUCACACAAGACCGUCACCUUUAGUCAGCGUUCCUCAAAACACUCCAAGAGGACUAAACCAAACAGGACCUCAUCUCCUCGAGCCUCCCCAGAACCGCAAGCUUCCCCGGUGUCUUUCCUAGACCCUGUCAACCCUGUGAAUGCCAUUCCCUCCAAAGAGGAGGUGUUUAGGCAGAUUCUGCAGCAACAGAUGAGACUAGAAGACCUGGAGAUUCAGCUUCAAGCCCUGGAGAGAGAAACAGGGCUGUGGGAGCAGGAGAGCUCGUCUGCUAUAGUCCCUGUUCUCUGGUCCCUGCAGGGGGAACUGGAGGAACUGGAGCAGCAACAGAGGCAGAACGAGGCUGAACUGAUGCAACAAGAGCGCUGGGAGGAAGAAUUACAGGCAGAGGUGGACAGAGAACAAGAUCUGCACAGACGUCUCAACCAGAUCCACUCAUCAAUGGAUGAUCACAGUUAUCAGAUGAAGGAGCUCCAAGCCUAUUCUGCACAUCUAGAAGAGGACCUACAGCUUAGAGCACACAGACAAAGCUCUCGACAGCCAGAGGAGCCCCUGAAGCCCCUGAAGCAGGAGCUCCACCACUGCCUGCAGCAGGCAGAGGAACUGGAUGCAACAUUGUUAGAGACACAGCGGAAGCUACAAGCUGCAGAGGAAAGUCUACAGGACAGAUGGGAGAUGACUGAGGAGCUGAAGAAGGAGCUGAGGCAGUGUAAUCUGCAGCAGUUUAUCCAGCAGACCAGCAGUCCACAUGCAGACCAGACCAACGUCCUGCCCGUCACCGAUGCUUACCUCAGCAGCGCUGGUAUAAUGGAGUAGGACCGGCUAAGACGACAUCCGGAAGUAAAACAUGUUCUCUGAAUCCUCUCAAGCCCGUCCUACUGUGUGUGUGUGUGUGUGUGUGUGUGUGUGUCUGAUUAGCCAAUCACUGCCAGGUUUCAAAGGAAAUCUUUGAAAUAAAUGAAUGUUGAUGCUACUGAUAAAAAUGAAUGGAUGUAUUUUUGCUUGUUGUUAAUGUUUGCUCUAGGCCUAUCUUGCCAUGUAAAGGUUUUAUUAUAAUUAAUUACUCAUAUAUAUUUUUUAAAUGCUAUAAUAAAGUUAUUUGUUGU